AUGUCCAGCUUCGACUACAGCACAUACUUUGAACCUGAGCUCAACAUGUUCUUCGACGAGGAUAAGUUCUGUCAUAUCCCUCCGACCUAUCCCUUCGACGAACUAGAUAGCCCACUGGUCCAUAACGACGCGUCGCUCUCGCCACAAUCCACGUCCUCGCAGAUUUCCAACUCCUCCAUGAUUCACUAUGAUAUUGACCUGCCGUCGACGCCCUCCGACGAGGACACAGCUUCGAACGACCAGGAGGUUCUAGCCAAGACUUAUGCUUCAAGUUGGACUUCAUUCAAGACCAAGGUUGACCCUCGGAUACUUCAAACCUCCUCUGCGUUGAAAGAUAUGCAGCAGGUCGCCCCAAAGAAGAUCGUGAAGGACGCAGCUGCACCUUCGUCCCGUCCCCCUUCCUUAUACUCGCCCUCCUCUGACCAGGAAGACAGCGAUUCAGACGAAAGUUUCCACCCAAUCGCUGGUUCGCGCAAGCGCCAACGCCCCAAUCGUGUCCUGCUCGAUCGCUGGUCAGACAUAACUGACAGCCCCUCCGCGUCUCCAAAACCCAGCCUAUCCUCACGCGCACCCAAACGCCCUCGCAUGUCGCCCCCUUCACGAAACACACAAUCAACUGGUGACAUCUCCAGCCAGAUCAAGGACGUGGUGCGCAACAACGCGAUAGAGAAGACCAACUUUCAGUGUCCGGAGUGUUCCUGGAAACAGACGAACCGGCGCUUACCUGACUUCAAGCGUCACUUGAAAACCCACAUCCGUCCGAGCGCGAACAACCACGACCAGGGAUUUUGGUGCAGGGGGGUCCCACUGGACCAGUCCGCUGGCUUCCUCAUCCCGCCUGACGCCAAGCCAUACACAUUCAAGGGGGAAAAGUGGAUCGGAGGGUGCAUGCGUUCCUUCAGCCGUGGCGACGCUCUGAAGAGGCAUCUCGACAAUCCCAAUAUGGCUUGCAUCAGCGGCCACCUUUAA